AUUAUUGUUGUUGUAUGGUGGGGACUCACGUGACCAACAACCGCGUGCUCUCAAAUAUGUACUGCUCAGUGCAGCUGCUCCUGCAGCACUCGACUUGUUUCACUUCUCACGCGACUCGCUUUCAAGACACAUCGUCUUUAGCUCUCUUUUAUCAUAAUCAAAAAUUAAAAAAAAAAAAUAAUAAAUAAAUAUAAGCCUAUAGAUACUUUCUCCUGCGUUCUAGAAUGCGUGCUCAUAAAUGUACAUAAAUAUUACGAAAAAAAAACUAGAGUGCAGUGUUAAUUGAACUUUUAAAUUGUGUGUUAAUUUCAUAUUUUUAAUUGUUUAAUAAAUUAAAUAUGUGCUCCAAUAAUCGAUUUAUUAUUUUCAUAAUUAUUAUUGGUAUUACAUUCGAGAUAGCAGAAGGAAGACCUCGAAUUCGUCAUCAUCGAGGGGACGGUAGAUGCAACCGAUGCGCUCCAGGUUGGGGAGUAACGAAACUCUGCACCAUAGAACGCGACACCGAGUGCAGUAAAUGUGAGCAGGGUACAUACAGUCCACAUCACAAUCUACAGACCUGUUGGAUUUGCUCACGCUGUGGUCCAGGUCUUUACGAAGCGCAUCCUUGUACGUCCAAGACUGAUACGGUCUGCGAUUCUUGCUAUCGGCAUGCACCUGACAAUCCUGAUUACCGUAGAAAAUGCUCCGAGCACAAGAAUCUUUUUUUGGCACCCGAAGACGCAAUCAAUACUGGCGAACAGAGUUCUUUGGUUAAUGAAGAAGAUGAUGGUGAUGUUGAUAAAAAAUUGCGCCAAGCCAUUCUUGCUAACGACGUUAAAGCUGAAUUUUUAAUUAAUUAAUUUAUUUAUGAUUAUCUAAUAGAAUAACAAACACUAGUCAACUGAGAGACGAUUUUCUAAGCCCCUGUACAUAAACUACGUAUAUAUUAGGGUGGUCGUUAAAAAUUAAAUUUUCUCAGGCGCCCCAUAAAAAGCUUCUUUUCAGUGAAAAAAUACGUGGGAAAUUUUGUUUUUUCUUUUUAAGUAAAAAGAACACGCCUCAGGAGGAUCAAAGUUCAUUUUUCUAUACACACGGUUUUUUUUAAAUAUACUAAAUAUGCAGAUUAAAGAAAAAAAUCAUAAAAACAAUUUGUUAGGAAAUCAAAUUCUUUACAAAAAAAAGGAUAUAUUCAUUUUUUUUAUAAAAUGUGUAUUUAUGAAGAUAUUUUAAAAAAACUUUUUUCAGAUCUUAUGAAUUGAUGAUACUGAAUUUGGCAGACGUCAAAUAAUUUUUAAA